UCAGUGGAAUUUUACAGCCACACACUCAGACCAUCACAUCGUCACGUUGGAGGGCGGGUCUUGUGUAUAAAUACGCGGCAGGUGUCUCAGACACUCUCAUUCUGCUGCUGCUGCUGAGGAAUGAGCUGCUCUCCGUCAAUGCGCUGCUUCAUCUUCCUCGUGUUUGUCCCUCUGUUGGCCGUGUGUCGAGCUCGUGGACAGAGUGAUGUUAAACCAGUGGUGGGGAAGGUUGGAGGGGAUGUACGAAUGGACAUUGGAGCCACCGAGGUAGACAGAGACGCUCACAUUGUCUGGUCUUAUGGUCCGAAGGACAAAGUCAUCAUCAGCUAUGAUAAUGGAACAUAUGACACUAAACCAUCAGAAAAGUUCCAGCUGGAUGCAAACGGCUCUCUGAUGAUUCGAUCCCUCACUGCCAACGACAGCGGACUCUACAACGGUCAGAUCAUCAGUAAAAAUGGGUCAUCUCAAAACUUUAGCCUGACUGUUGUGGACCAUAACAGUGAGAGGAAAUCUGAGCAGCAGGAAGUUAACACGCGUGUGACGGACACACGUACAUGGACAGAGCCGGAUCCCAACACACCGACUGCUCCACAGGUCAGGAACCACGGGAUACCCUGUGGACUCUUUGGAUUGGCUGCUCUUCUCUGCACUGUGCUGGUGGUUAAAAACCGGGAACCAAUCACACGAAAGUGUCGGACUGUCACUCAGUCCUGGAAGAUCUGGAAGAGGAAGAUUCCUGAAGAGGAAACACGAGUUUAAUUACAAUGGAGGUGGAAAACUUUAAUGAGGAGGUGCAGCACGCUGCCCUGUUAAAGACAUACAGAUGUUGAGCUCCAUUCAGAGGCAUUAUUUGUGACCUUUGUGUAAAUCAUAGGAGAGACUUUUACUUUGACUUUUCCCCUUUAAUAGGUACUUAUGGAAAUCUCAGACGAUCUCCUCAUCUAACAAGCAGCGGCUGGUUUUUAAUGUUUUCUUCAUCAGGACACAGAUUUUGGAAAUCAGUCUGAUAACACAAAAAUAUACAAACUAAAGGUCAUCUGAGGUCACAGACAUAAUUCAAAGCACUGAAACGGGCUGUGAUGGCUAACUCAAAGGAAAAUGACUUGAGUUCAUGACCUCUGCCCUGCUACCUUUCACACCUUUGACUAACAUGUUCGGGUUAAAUAAGUUUUACAUUUGGCAUGUUUUAGUUGAUUAAUCUAUUUAUGUUAAUAAAUAGCACGAACGUCUGUAGAUCAGCCUGGAAGUUAGCAUCACUCACUUCCUCUGUGGUUAGCUGUAGCUCAGGAGUGACUGCAGCAGUACUGCUAAUGGGAGGCUUUAUCAUACUGACACGUUCUGUUCAGUGAGAAAAGCUCGACAUGAAUCCACUUUGAUGAUGUCAUGCUGUGUAAAUAGUAUUUUGUGAUGUCGGAGGCAAAGCUAGAUAAGCUUAAGCUUCGGAAGUUAGCUGCUAUGUAGGAUAGCUUGGAAUACAUUAGCAUUAGCAAUAUAUCUGUGAAGGUUCUCAGUCAUCCAGGUCGCCGUAGUCUAAGGAGCUCGGAGAGCACAUCCUGGGCCUUUUGACCUCAGGAAAUCACAUGAUAUGGUGGGGCGAGGUUUCACAGCAGGUUCACCUGAAACCUUGACUGGUUGUUACCCACAAUCCCCUGUUUUCACAGCUUGGCUCUUGUGAUUAGGUAGAGGAUCAAUAGGAGGUCAUUGACCCUCUUGAGGACACUCCCAUAGGGGUUCAAAUCUGGGACUUUCCUCCAGUUGCUCUUAGAAGUGAAGAAACUUCUCAGAUGAAACGUCUUCAAGAAACUGGAGUCCAGACUCAAAGUCCAGACGCUUUCUCCUUAGGUUAGCAUUAGCAGCAUUAGCCAGCUGUAUGCCAUCUAGAAGCUCACCCAAACCAAACAGUAAUUUAUUUCAAACAUUUAACCAAAAACCUGCUGAUGAGGAAACUGAUAAAUCUCAGUGUGUUUUAAACUGAAAUAAAUUAUAUCCAUUCUUUUGAUCUGUUUCCUUUGUUUAUAUUUUAGUUUGUUAAAACUUAUGAGUUGGACAGAUUAAAUAAACACACUGUUCACA